UGCCCCACCAUCUUCAUCUUGAACCUUUGCAUACUUAACCCAAAGUCUUUCUUUCAAAACGCAUUCCCUCGCCAUGUCUACCCUUCAACAGCCUCUGGCUGAUGCCGAGGCUGCCGCGAGGCAACGUCUUCAUUCGGCUGUCGACUUCAAAUCAGCUACCACUGGUGUGGCCGCCAAGACGAUGCGGAAUGAGCUCAACCGUAUGGUGGCUGAAGAGACCGAUCCCGCUGCAAAGAAGAUCCUUCAAGCCGAGAUGGAGAGCUUCUUCUUACUCUUCAACCGAUUUUUAAUCGAGCGGGCCAAAGGCGAAAAGCUUGACUGGGAUAAGAUCAACCCUCCCAAUCCCAAGCAAGUUCGUGCAUACAAGCAGUUGAAAGAUGUCGAUGCCUCCAUCCUCAACAAACUGGCUGUGCUCAAGCUCAACGGUGGUCUGGGCACGACCAUGGGGUGUGUCGGCCCGAAAUCGAUCAUUGAAGUGAGAGAGGGCAUGACGUUCCUCGACUUGUCAGUGAGACAGAUCGAACAUCUAAAUUCUGAAUACAAUGUCAAUGUGCCGUUCAUCCUCAUGAACUCCUUCAACACGGCCGAUGACACUGCGCGUAUCAUUCAAAAGUAUCAGAACCACAACAUCAACAUUCUCACUUUCAAUCAAUCUCGCUAUCCGCGAGUGGACAAGGAGUCAUUGCUUCCUUGCCCCAAACAUGCCUCGGAUGACAAAGCCAACUGGUAUCCCCCUGGUCACGGAGAUAUCUUCGACGCCCUGACAAAUUGUGGACUGCUGGACCAACUUAUAGAAUCCGGCAAGGAGUACAUCUUCAUCUCCAAUGUCGACAACCUCGGCGCUGUCGUCGAUCUGAACAUCCUCCAGACGAUGAUCGAUUCUCAGGCAGAAUAUGUAAUGGAGGUCACAGAUAAGACCAAGGCGGAUAUCAAAGGCGGUACUAUCAUCGACUACGAGGGCAAGCCACGAUUGCUCGAGGUGGCUCAGGUGCCUAAGGAUCAUCUCGACGAGUUUUGCUCCACUCGCAAAUUCAAAAUUUUCAACACCAAUAACAUUUGGGUCAACCUCCGCGCGAUCAAGAGGAUCAUGGACGAGGACGCUCUAUCGCUCGAGAUCAUCGUCAACAACAAAGUGACCGACAGCGGCCAGGCUGUAAUCCAGCUCGAGACUGCCAUUGGUGCGGCCAUCAAGCACUUUGACAGUGCUAUCGGUAUCAAUGUCCCUCGUAGCCGUUUCUUACCGGUCAAAUCUUGCUCGGAUCUUCUCUUGAUCAAAUCCAAGUUGUACAAUCUAGAGCACGGUGUACUGACGAUGGACAAAUCCAGAGAGUUUGGUGGUACACCUGUUGUAAAACUCGGUGAUCAUUUCAAAAAGGUCGCGAACUUCGAAAAACGAUUCAAGUCGAUCCCGUACAUCAGCGAGCUCGAUCAUCUCACCGUCUCGGGUGACGUUUGGUUCGGUAAGGGUGUACGACUGGCGGGGACGUGCAUCAUCGUUGCCAAUGAGGGUAGCAAGAUCAUGAUUCCGGAUAACGCCAACCUGGAAGGAAAGUUGAUCACCGGUAAUCUCAGUAUCAUCGAUCAUUAGGCGAUACGCUGCCACGACAUCAUGUGUAGGUCACGGAAUGUAACAUGCUGUUUUCUUCGGAAAAGGGCUAUGCGUAUCAUGCACAUUGCAUCUCUCUCUAUCGGUUGUG